AUGGCUAGGAAGCAGUCAUUGGAGGCAGCGGUUGAAGGACUGAAGAGGUUUCUCAGCGAGAAGGAAGACUCGAAUGAGGAGGUGGCUGCAAAAAUUGAGAAACUGACUGCAGAAUUACGACGGAUAGAUGUUGCUCCCAUUGACCCAACUGAAAUGAUUAAACGAGGGUUUAAUUACUUCAAGACCAACAACUUUGACAAGCAUAGAGAAUUUUACCAUGAGCUUGCCGAAAGCCAGCAUCCUAAGUUUCUGGUAUUUGCAUGCUCAGACUCUCGAGUGAGCCCCUCUAUUAUCCUCAACUUCAAACCAGGAGAUGCCUUCAUGGUCCGCAACAUUGCUAACAUGGUUCCUGCAUUUGACCAGCUAAGAUACUCUGGAGUUGGUGCAGCCAUUGAAUAUGCUGUCUCAGUACUCGAGGUACCAAAUAUCCUGAUCAUUGGACAUAGUCGCUGCGGUGGAAUACAGAGGCUUAUGACUCAUCCUGAGGAUGGUUCUCUACCUUUUGAUUUCAUCGACGAGUGGGUCAAAAUCGGAAAACCUGCAGCGGCCAAGGUCAAAGCAACGUUUGGCAAUUUACCAAUUGAGGAACAAUGUGCACAUUGUGAACGGGAGGCAGUGAAGCUGUCAUUGAUUAACUUACUGACUUAUCCAUAUGUCCGAACUGGGAUUGCAAAGAAGAAACUGCAGUUAAUGGGUGGCUACUAUAAUUUUGUUGAAGGAUCUUUUCAUGUCUGGAAUUUUGAGACUCGCUUUUCACCUACCGUCGACAUGCAAUGAGUCUCAAUUGUAUCAACUCCUCAAGUUACUAUUUCCCUUGCAUUUUUACUUCACAUGUGCACUGUAUUGUAUUUGCAUUUCUAGACAAUUUAUCAACUAAAUAAAACAGAGCAGCUCUUGGCAUGCUCUCUCUUGCAUG